AUCAGCGGCAGAAGCAGCCGGACACAUGUUACAAUCUUCCUCCUUCACUCUGCACAAAAUUUCCAGAACUCUUCUUCUUCUGACGAUGGCUCCAAAACCACAGCGCUUCCACCAGUUCGCCGAUAGUAGUACUUUGGGUGGCGGUGUCAAAAGGGCAAGAACCAUCAGCGUCAUGAGCUCCACGGCUGGGGCUGACUCUGAGUCUUCUUCUUCUUCUUCUUCUCAGAUGAAAAACGCCUUCUCUAACUAUGCCCAGUACCUUAAUGACCUCAAUGAGAAAAGAGAAAGGGUUGUGAAAGCAAGUCGGGAUAUCACUAUGAAUAGCAAGAAGGUUAUAUUUCAGGUCCACAGGAUUAGCAAGCAUAACAAAAAGGAAGUUCUUGAAAAAGCAGAAAAAGAUCUUGCAGCAGUGAAGGAUCAGCAUGUAUCGCGACUCGUACAGGAACUACAGGGGACUGAUUUCUGGAAGCUACGACGAGCAUACUCUCCUGGGGUCCAGGAGUAUAUUGAAGCUGCAACACUCUGUAACUUUUGCAAGACUGGGACUCUUUUAAUACUCGAUGAGAUCAAUGCUAGCUUGCUACCACUGAGUGAUCCAUCGCAUGAACCUUUGCAGAUUAACAUUCUAGACUAUCUCUUGGGGCUUGCAGACUUGACGGGAGAGUUAAUGAGGUUGGCAAUUGGUAGAAUAUCAGACGGUGAACUUGAAUAUGCUGAGAAGAUAUGCAAAUUUGUGCGUGAAAUCUAUAGGAAACUGACUGUUCUUGCUCCGGAAAUGGAUGAAAGCUCAGACAUGAAAAUGAAGAUGGACACAAUGCUCCAAAGUGUUAUGAAAAUAGAAAAUGCAUGCUUUAGCGUUCAUGUUAGAGGAUCGGAGUAUAUCCCACUUGUUGGAUCUGCUGAUUCCAGUUAUUCUCUGAUUGGCUUGCCUGAUUUUGAACAAUGAAGUGAUGAUGCAUCUCCCAGAGCUUUGCCAAAUGGAGAAUCAAAAACUUUCCAACAAGAAGUCAAGUCAGCUGUCUGUAUCCCUCUUUUCAAUGCUCCAACCAGGUGCUGCAUUCAUUGCCACACAGAAGAAGUGUAAGAAGAGAAAAAUGGGAAUGAAUUUUCCUUAGCUUGUUGAGGAACUGUAUCCAAAUUAGAUCAUCAAUGGAUUAUUGCUUUGAUUACUGGGAAAUGAUCAAUUAAUAGGGCAACUAUAGGAUGUGAAUGCCCACGUAAUUAUGCAUGUUUUCAUAUGGUAGUGUAAUUGAUA